UGAACCUCCUAGCUAAUAAAUACCAGGGCAAGCCACAGAGUCAGGGAGGGGUGAGCAGAAAUUCUCAGACCAGCUGGGCCUGUCCUCCAGGAGGAUGAGAAACUCCAAGACUGCCAUUUCAUUCUUUAUCCUUGUGGCCGUCCUUGGGUCCCAGGCUGGGCUCAUACAAGAAACGGCAGAAGCAGAUCAUCACUAUAACCCUCCAAUAAUUCAUCACGGCUUUCAAGACUCAUCAGACUGCUGCUUCUCCUAUGCCUCACAGAUUCCAUGUUCAAGAUUUAUAUAUUAUUUUCCAACCAGUGGUGGAUGUGCCAAGCCGGGCAUCAUCUUUGUCACCAAGAAGAACAACCGGGUCUGUGGCAACCCCAGUGAUCAGAAAGUUCAGAGAUGCCUAAGCACCCUGAAGCAAGACCCAACAAGACUUGGGAGCAGGCUCAUUGCUUGAGAAGGAGGGCAUGUAUUGCCAUUUGCCUUCUUCUGUCUUCCCCAGUGACCACCUAGGAGGCUCUAAACAUUUGCUUUUAUAGAUAUUUAAAGCAUUUAGUCUUCUGUUCAGGUUUAGAGCAGCACAUGUAGUCAACAGUAUUCAUAUGGAAUCAGCUUGACUCCAUUAGAGCCAUCUUGAGUAUGGACUCGGCUUGACACAAUUAGAGCCAUCUUGAGUUGUAACCAAUCAUGAUUGUCUUUGAGUAACUGUUGGGUUUUCUUGCAAAGCUUCUCAGUAGAUUUUAAAUGGAUAAAGUAUUAGAGUAGUCUUUGGGGCUUUGGGAUGUGUCUGGUUCUGGUAAGAGCUUAAUCCAGGUAUAUCCAGCUGAGAUGAAAUCAAUUUUUCCCUAGGCCAUACAUACAUCCAACUUUGUGGGGACCCAGCUGUUCUUCCUGCCACCAUAGAGCAGUAAGCACCCCCAAUAAAGUCCUCUCCAUGUA